CAUUCUUUAAACCGUAUAGACCUUGCACUAUACUACAUAAUAUACAUCCCAAACGUCAUAUCACUGCUUAUUACGUUCGGCCUGUCGUUGAUAGACCAUGGCGUCGCUUAACCUUACCCAAGAUGAGUUCAGGGCUAUCGAGCAGACGCGGCAGCGGCUUUCGCAGAUAUCCAGUAGCAUCGCCAGCCUUAAAUCCGACGUCUUCAUCAACAACCCGUUACCUAAUCUAGAAUCACUCCAGACCCACACGGAGGUUCUACAAAGCAUGAUACAGAGCCUCCUCAGUGUCACGUCGCCUGCCGCCGAGAUUUUUAGCCGCAUUGCCGUGCAUCCCUCAACUAACUUCCCGGGCCGUACCCAGGAGAUGAUACUCCAAAGACUGCUACGCAAAAAGCCAGAGCCGGACAUCGCGACGUCAAUGGAUGAGGGAAGAAACAUGGUUGCGGCCUUUGCUCCGCCACCAGCUUCUCAAGGUCUUGUAGGCGCGGGUACAGGCGUUGAAAAGGGUCCAGAAGAGGAGCUGGAAAAUAUAUGGAACUCUGUGCGCGACUUCUGCGAGGAGCGCAUGAGAGAUUACGUGAUAAACGAAGGUGAUGACAUGUUCACGGAAGAGGAGCGCGAGCGGGGUGUCGAGAAUGUACGGACGGGACUUAAAAGAUCGCUCGAGGAUGAAGAGGAGGACGAAGAUGAGGAUGACGAGGAAGGGGGAGGGACGAAUGACCAGGACGACGUUAUGAUCAUCGAUCGUCCGCCUCCACCUCCAGCACCCGCAGUCGUGACCCAGGAAGUUGAGGGCGCGGCGCUGGAGAACAUUAUGCGUUUCGCAGCGAGAGGAGAGUUUAUUACCCGCUAGGGGCCGUACAAGCUUACGAUAAAAUAUGCCCAACCUUGCUCUGUUUACGGUAUGGCCAUCACUAAGUCGAGAAAAGUUGUAUGGGAUAGUAUGGUUAUGAGAGGUGGGCGACUUCAUCCGAGUCUUCCUGCACCUCCGAUGACAGUCCGAUAACGACGAUCUGGUAGUAAAUCGGACAUAAGUGCUACAGGAGCUGAGAAUAAUUCUUGGGACAGUAAUCUCCGAAGUUUCUAUCGCAGCGGUUGGUUUUUGUUAAGGCUACUAUCCGACGUUGCCCGCCAAGUAGGCGGCCUCGGUCACCAAUUACAAAAUGAGCAAUUAACAGGUAUUGAGCCAACCAAUUUCAUCACUGAUUUCAAAUAUUUA